UGAUUAUGCAAUUUUCUAUUAAAAAAWUUUUUCGUUUACUUAUAACGCUUAAUAAUGCAGCAUAUACUUCGUGAACAAAACCAAAAAUUACGGGCAGGCAAGGAACGUUAUAACCAGGUUGAUAAUUUUUAUUGAAUCGUUUAGUCAUUAAAGGUUUCUUGAAUCAGUGAAUCGUUUAAAAAAAAUAAAACAUAUAUCAUGGAACAAUGUGGUGAAGAAACGAGAAUAAUAGUACAAGAAGAGGAGAAGAUAGACGAAGGCUUACCAACCAAUCAUGACACUGAGCACCUUGAAUGUCGGAGAUUACUUGAACUCUAUUCUCGUCUCUCAGAAGAUGAGCGCAAAAUGUUUUUGAAAACCAUGCCAAAAGCGAACUACAAACUACAAAGACAAUUAAAGGAUACCAAGUUCCCAGGAUUGCCUGAAAUGGAAGGAGAAGAAGAAGACGAGUUCACUCGCUUUACUCUUCACCCAGAGAGGAAUCAUAAACCUAAUAGUUACGCUCAAAUGCAUUUUCGUUUAGCAGAAUCUCAGUUUUUUCGUCUAGAGGAUGACAACAAGAACUACCGCGUAACUAAGGUGGAAUAUAUCGUUAACCCUUUUCUUGAGAAAAGGUUUCGUGAGGAACAAGAAAAGCUUAGAUCUACACGAGGCGAAGAGAAUUGUCAACCUGUUCUUGCCUUCCAUGGGACGAGUGAAGAAAGUAUAUUGUCUAUUGUUAAGACAGGGUUUCGAAUGCCAGGUAAUCCUGGCUAUAAACAAGCAAACGAUAGUGGAUGGUAUGGUCGUGGUAUAUACCUCAGUGAAUACCCUUCCUAUGCAAGGGAAUACAUGAAAAGAGGUGGAGUCUCAUCUAAACUACUGCUGUGUCAGGUUCUGGUAGGAAAAGYGUUUCACUGUGAGGAACGCAUUGAUGGAGAAGCCUUGAAAGACGGUUUUGACUCUCAUCUUUCACCAGCGAUGCAUCAACUCAUUAUCUUCAACGAACGCCAUAUUUUACCUUCAUAUGUUGUACAUUUUGAAAAAUCUGAGGGGGAUUUUCGAUAUAACUAAAGAUGCCACAUUUCUUGUGAUGAACCAGGAAUUGUACCAGUUACCACAGCAGAUAUUUGACAACAAACUGCCCUGGUCCAGUCGAGUGGUUUGCCUGAGCUACUGCUGAGCUACAGCAGAAACACUGAGUGAAAUCAUUUUGUAAGACCCAUGAACCAGAGUUCAUCCCACAAGCACAACCAAUAGCUUUAUAGCCAACAGGGCAGGUGGCAUUGUUCCAUUGGUCUGUUCUUGGAUGUACUUUAGUGUCGAAAUAGUAAAUCUUUCUCUGGUACACCUGUAGGUCCCAUAGCACCAGUACACCAGGUGCGCCACCCUUCGCUGGAAAGCUAGACUCCCCCUUUAUACCACUUUAGACUUUAGAUUUUAAAAUUUAUUUAUUCACACACUUGUUUACAAUAUUCAAAUAUAUAGGAAAGAAAUACAAAUAUAAAAUUGAAUUUUAAAAAAACAAUGAAAUAAUAGCAAUUCAUGAUUGGUCGUGCGUGGCUGUCGAAAUGGUAAAAACUCUCGAGUCGACAGCCACAUCAAAUAGUAAAUUUACAAGUGCUAGUGGACAAGAUUAUUUUUAAUGAAAGUAUGAAGAAAAAGAAAAAAGCACACUAACACACAAAAAAAUCAUGAAAUUAGAGUUAGAGUUAUUUCUUAAAUCUGUGUUGAAAUCAAAAUAAAUUUCAAAUUGACCUUGAAAA